AAACAAAGCUCGAAAACCGUUUUCCCGGAAAUGUUUAUUUUAUAAUUUAUUACGUUUAAAUACAGUAUUAUUUUGAGAAAAAUAAUUGAAAACCAUAAUAAAGCGUAUUAUAAGCAUAAAUAUAUUUAAUGUAUACGAGAACUAUUCGUAAAAUAAUUGUGUUACAAACUUUUUCAAACGUUGUAUUGGUAUUUCUUGAUAAAUUUCUUAAAAACUUAAUAUAAUGUCGUACGCAGAACUAUCAGAAGAUGAUGAUAGUUUUGUACUAAAUGAUGAAGUUGAAGAAAAGACGUUACCAUUGCGUUCAAUUAGUAUUAGCAGCGAUGAUGAAAAUCAAGGCCCAGCUAUAAUAUAUGAACUUACUUCCGAUGAAGAAGAACCGUCAGAUACAGUCGAGUUACAAAAAAAGAAGCAGGCACUUAUUAAAAAUCUAUUUCCCAAUACCAAGCCAAUCAUCAAGGGAAAUACACAAAUAGCUCCACAAACACCUAAGCCUAAAGGGUUUGAACAAAUGAUUGGUGGCAUUAAAGUUCAUAUACCAGUUAAACCCUACGGUUGUCAGACUGCUUUAAUGUUUAAGGUGAUAACUGCAAUAAAUAAAAGCCAAAACUGUUUACUGGAAAGUCCUACUGGAUCCGGCAAAACAUUGGCACUGUUAUGUGGUGCGCUGGCCUGGGUUCGUCAUGAAACUAAUCGUAUCAGUGAGCUGUUAGCCCAGGAGUUGGUUAGACAGAACUCUGAGCUAAAGCAAGUGUCGGGGGCGGCGAACUACGUGUCGACUCCAGUACGUGAUAAAUCCGUCACGCCAGAAAAGUAUCUCAACAAACCAGUAUUUGGUCAUAAGAGCAUUUAUGAUGACGCGUCACAGAACCCCAAAGAAGCAAGUAAUCGAGCUAGCAAACGCCAAGAUUGUCUUGACAGCAGCACAGAAGAAAACAAUGAGGCUGGUCUAGUGAAAAUCCACAAAAAGCGACGCUUAGCUGCCAGUGAGCGGGGUAUGGGUUGUGAAUCAAUGUACGACUCACAACUACCCACCUCACUAGAUGAAACAGAGCUGCCUUCUACCCCGGACAAGAAGAAACAAACAACGCAACCUGACACUCCUCAAAAUGUCCGAGGGCUGUACAACCGAGUGGACAACCUCCGACUGAGGACGUCGAUGCUUGUUGAUUGCAGUGUACCAACUAUAUACUACGGGGCGAGGACUCAUAAGCAGCUGCAGCAGGUGAUCAAGGAAUUCGCGAGGACUGACUAUUGCGGCCAGCUCCAGAUGACAAUACUCUCCAGUAGGGACUAUAGCUGUGUGCGGGAGUUUGAUAAGAAGACCUGGAGUUCAAGGAAUGAUAUGUGCAGGGCUUGUAUCAAGCCGUAUACAACAAAAUCAAUGGAACAGAGGGCGGAUUCAAACUGCAAGUACUACGACAACAGAGCGUCACUCAACCACCAGACGCUACCUCCUGCUUUCGAUCUAGACGAGCUGGUGGCUAAGGGAGAAGAGAUAAGGGCGUGUCCGUACUACGCGGCGCGCGGCAUGGCGGCCAGCGCGCAUAUUGUGUUCUGCCCUUACAACUACCUUAUCGAACCUUCCAUAAGGAGUAGUAUGCAAAUCGACUUAUCAGAUAACAUCGUGAUAAUAGAUGAAGCUCAUAAUAUCGAGGAUAUCUGUCGAGACGCCGCCACAUUUACCUUUACCAGGGACAACAUACAAGCUUCUAUUAAGGAGUUAGAACUAGUGUGUGGAUACAGAUUCGCGAAUCAAGAUUCGUUACGUUACGUCGAAUACUUACUUAAAGCUCUCAAAGGUUGGGACGAUUGGUUCGUGAAUCAAACACCACUUAUCAACCAGAAGCCGAUAAACGGCAACGAGGCAACGUUCACAUGGGCAGCUGAAAACUUCGUGCAAACAUUAAAUAAUCAUAAUAUAGGACAACAACAAUACAAGAAUGACUAG